ACUGUACAAUAGUAUACAAGUUAUGUAUACACCUAGAUGUAGUUGCAUGAAUUGAACUUGAGCUAUGCUACACCCAAAUGACUGUAAAGUAAUAAACUUGAAGUUUCUGCCCAUCAAAUGUCCUGAUUGGUGCUGAACUUUAAGGUCCGGAAGGGCUAUUCUGUUGUGGAUUUAUUUGGAUUUGAUAAUGUGAUAUUUUGUUGCUGAGUUAUCCAGGAAGAAUAGAGUUUUAUGGUGGUUUAUAGUGAACAGCAGAAGUAGAGGGAAAUUACCAUCCAGUGCCCACUGUGGAACGAAAUAAAGGAGUAUAACAACAUUUAGUUUAUUGCGUCCGAUCAGGAGAACGACAGACAGACAGAAAAAUUGAAUUCAAGUUAUGAGAUCUGAUGUUUUGAUAGACAGAACAACUAACUGAUUAAAGUAAAGAAAAAGUGGAAAUUACUAGAUGAACACAGAUCUUCUGUCAAUUAAAAGGAAACAACUAUCUAAUCUUAAUAAAUGAAUUUCUUAUUAUUUAUAAAAUCGAUUGAUUAAAAGAUAAAGGAGAAGUUGUGAUUGAAGGAACGAUCAAAGAAAGAUUGUUUGAAGGAAGGAUCAGGGAAUGCAUUGUAAUUUGGAUUUGUUGUGAUUGAGGGAACAAUUGACAAAGUAACCCACAUCAGAUAUAGAAAGGAGAUACAACAGUAAUAAAAUAAUACUGAUAUCAUUUGAUGAGGAAUAAUUAAACCCCACAGAAGGAAGGAGGAAGGAAGAACAUCAAUGUGAAUUUUCUUGUGAUUGAAAGGAUAUAUAGUUUAAUUAAACAUCAGGUCGAGAAAGGAUAUACAUUGUAAGAUAGUUUCUGCCACUUGUCUGGUGAUAGAGGGAACGCCUGACUCACAGAUUGACUGAUAGGAAAGGAAGAACCAACUAAAAGAAGACAAGACAAGGGAUUUCAGGGAAUUUCUGACUUUGGACUUUUGAAAGAGGGAACAAGUGACUCACGGAUUGACAGAUAGUAGAAAAGAAAAGAGACAAGUCAGUGAAGGAUUUCAGAGAGCCUCUGGGCUGGUCCUGUGAUAAAGUGAACGAGAAACUUAUUGAUUGACAGAAGGAAGGAACAACCGCCACCAUAGCUCCAAAGGAGAGACUCGUGAUGGAGAUCGAAGAAGAUCCUCCGACUCCAAAACCACCGUUAUCAGAGAAUGGACAGUGCUAUCGGGUCGUUCUCUACUGUCUGAAUGUCUUUUUUGUGUUCACAGGUGUCGCGAUGGUAGCGAUCGGAGUAUGGGUGCAGCUAGACCCCAUCAAUGAGCAGGUCGCGCUUCUCCUCGGCAACGACCUAUUCAAGAUGGCGGGCAAGGCCAUUGUCCUUGGUGGAAUCAUGAUCCUCAUAGUAUCUCUCCUGGGAUGUGUCGGAGCUCGUUUGGAGAACAAGUGCCUUUUGAAAAUGUAUUUCUACUUCCUUCUGCUAGUGUUUGUGGUGGAGUUUUCUGGAGGCAUUUUGGGGCUGGCAUUCUUAGCAAGCGCUGAAACGGAGCAGAACUUGACGUGGUCGCUGAGAGAUAAUUACGGAGCAGAAGGUGGGGAGGAAUACACAGAGGCAUAUGAUUUUAUACAGAAAAGGUUUCGGUGCUGUGGUAUAACCGGAGAUGUCGUAGCAGCAGUGAUUGAGUAUCGAAUGACGGCAUUCUGGCUGAACCAAUCACCGUUAAAACCCCGCAACGUGGUGCCGUUAAGCUGUUGUCGAGAGGGCGUUGACCCCAUCAUCUGCCGGUUGGAGAGGCCCCAGAAUCUGUAUAGACUCUACUUACAUGAUGUGGGGUGCCUCACAGCUACAGAGAAUCGUGUCACAGAGUAUGGAGGUGUCGUUGGAGGUGUAGCGAUUUGUAUAUCUGUUUUACAUUUGGCUGGCAUGGUAUUUACAUUCUGUCUGUACAGGGAAGUCCCAAGAAGCAGAUAAGAGAUAAUCAAGUAUGGAUAAGACAAGACCUUCUUUCAUGAAACCUUUCAUAAAUGAAGACUUUAGGAGAUGACUGGCUCAGAAAUCUUCAAAGUAACAGAGCAAGGGGUUGUUACGCAAAGCUGUUCGUAAGUUAAAGGUCAAGUCCACCCCAGAAAAAUGCUAAUUUG